UUCCAUGGAUAUAAACAUCUAAAUCAGAAUUUGAAUUCUAAAUUUAUAAGUUAAAAAAAAAUUAGUUUUUUAUUAUGUACAAAAUUUGUUACAAAUGUAUAACAAUUAUUUAACACAAUCUGGAAGGAGAACAAUUAUAUAAUGAAUUCUAACAAUAACACCGAUAAAAGAAAGACUUUGUUACGUUGGUAUGAAAAAAAAACAUUUGGAAAUCGAAAAAAUAAAAUAAAAUCAAAUACUCUUAAAAAACCUAGAAUCGCUGCUAUUCUCAACACUGAAUUUGAUAAUGAGGUAAAACAAUAUUCAACCACAAACAAUACUAAAAAUAAUAAUAAACAAGAUGGUUUUGAUCAAAUUCAAGAAUUAAAAGGAGAAUGUCAAAUCCCUGGACCAUCAAAAAAAGGCAAACUCAAUACCAGAUACCAGCUAAAUUUUAAAAACUAUAUUCAAGAACUUCAUAACGCAUUGAUAAAAGAGUGCGAUUAUAAUUUAUUAAAUUUGAACUCAUUUAACCUAACAUUAGAUUUUGAAUCACUGACGAGUGUCACUAAUCGAACUUUAAAAGCUAUAAAGGAACAAAAAAUAUUUUCGGUAUUAGGAUAUUUUCCAAUAAUUAGUCUAGAAAUGAAAAACCGCGGUUGGGUAGAAAAACGAGAUCCGGAUAGACCGCCAAUAAAUUAUUCACAUUAUUUAAAAUCAGCACCAUACAUGGUUAAUUGGAUUGAAUCACCUCCACUUAUAUCGUCAAUUAAUAAAAAUGAUGCCGCUAUGGAGCGUCUAAAAAGCAUGCAAUCGUGGACUAUUCUAAAAAAUAAAAAAUCUAAUUUUAUUUUCGUCACCAGAAAACAGUUAGUUAAUUGGUCAACUUUAAAUAAAUUUACAUCCGUCAGUCAGAUGCCAAGACACAUAUUUUGUACCAAAGAUGGGUUGGCACAAUGUUGGGAAUAUUACAAAAAUUCUGUGACAAAUUUAAUGUUUCCGAGAUGUCAUUAUAUUCGGUCCGAAGCAGGUAUUGAUGCAUUUGUAGAAGAUUACAUUACAACAGCAUUAGUAAGCACACUCAAGAUUAUUGUACAUGCUAUUGAGAAUAAUAAGAUGAUUUUUUCAGCAAAUGGUAAUAUACCAUGUACAAUUAUUGAUUUUGUAAAAUUAUGUAUAUUUAAAUUUCUAAAUAAACAAAAAAAUGGAAAUACAGAAAAAGAUAUGUGGAAUUUUAAGAAUCAAAAAGAAGUAUGGAACGAAUUUAUGAUUUAUUACUCGAAACUCAUUAUCGAUAGCAAUGCCAAAUUUGACCACGAGUAUAUAUAUGAAUUAGAACUAGAUGUGUAUGCCAAGUGUAAAUAUUUACUCGAAGAAGUAAAGAAGUAUUGUCCACAAUAUUUUAUAGACGGGAUUACCAACACAUGGAUUGUAAAACCCACGUCAAAUUGUUCUGGUCACGGGAUUAUGUUAUCUAGAGACUUGCUAGCUAUAAAACACAAAAUGUCUGCAGCAAAUGUCUUUAGAAAUAAUUAUAUUGUACAGAAAUAUAUAGAAAGACCCCUCUUGGUUUAUACAUGUAAGAUUGACUUGAGACAAUGGUUUUUAGUGACCAACAUGAAUCCAGUAGUUGUGUGGAUGUACAAAGAAGGUUACGUACGAUUUUGUGCCAAAAGUUUUUCUAUGAAAAAUAUGCACGAAUCUAUUCAUCUUAGUAAUGUCAGGUUGCAAACAAAAUAUCGAAAAAUUAGGAAUCCACAAGUACCGGAAGAGUGUAUGUGGUAUUACAGAGAACUACAAAGCCAUUUGAGAAAAAUCGGGCAAGAAUACGUUUGGGAUGAAUUGAUAUUUCCCGGAAUGAGCGAGAGUAUAUACGCUGUAUUACAGGCCACUACGGACACUGCGAAUUACCGAGACAAAACUUUUCAAUUGUUCGGGGCCGAUUUCUUGAUAACCGAAAACUUUAUUCCGUAUUUGAUCGAGAUUAAUUCCACUCCCGGACUGAAUCCAUCGACGAGCGUUAUUGCCAACUUAGUUCCUAUGCUCCUUAAUGAUAUCGUGAAAGUAACGGUGGACUACGAAAAAAACUCAAAGGCCGACACAGGGCUAUUUGUAAAGGUUGUGCCGGAAAAGUGGAAAUCAACCGCUGCAGUUGUAUUGCAGGAUAACCCUGCCAAAAAUCUCUCGAAUCGUAGUAAUCCCUUCGAUUCGCCAGUGAUCUUUGCUGUGGGACCAGCAGCACUGACAACCGGCUACAACCAGCGGAUGGCCAACGUGCAGAAGAAUCUGGCCGAAAUGCGGUUACAGAUGAUCGCUCGAAAGAACAAACGAGAUGCACGACGCUAUGUUGGUGUAAACCGUGAUCUCUUAUUGGGCACCAGCGACUUAAUAUAAUCCAAUAGUCGACGUUCAUUAUGGAUUUUCCUAAAAAAUUAAAAAGGUUUUGUGGGCUGCAUAAAAAUUACGCUACUUUAAUUUUUUGGAUAAUUAAAAUGAACAUUUUGUGUCAAUAGAACUAUACACACAGUCUUUACAUGCGUGUAAAGCACGACAAAUUUUAAUUAUGAUCCUAUUUAACAGUAUAUAAUACCGAUAAAAAAAUUUCAUAAAUAAUAUCGUUUUUUUUUGGAGGGAUAUGCUUACUAUUAAUAGCAUUUAAAAUAAUCAUCAGACUAGCUGGUUGAACCGAACUCCGAACAUUCAUCUGAUGAUUAAUUCAAUGGUGCCGUGCAGUGCAGACUCGUUGAAUAGUCCAUCAGACGCUUUGAUUGAAACCAAAAUAUUUAUACUGGUAUGUAUGAAAGUUUUCUAAUCUUCCAAAAAAUUUUUAAAGAAGCACUAUGUUGAUCUUUUUAGUAAAUAAUUUAUUGCCCAGUAUUUUAAGUACACACCAUUUGAACCAGAUGUUCACGUAGUAUACCUAGUAAUUGAGAAAGAAAACAUGCGGUGCUAUGAAAAAUGAAGUUCUAUUGUAGGUAGAACUGUCCCGAAAAACUCAAACCCAUGGACAAUAAGAGGAGUAUUAUGUAUCUGACACAAUUAAUAGUUUAAAGUUUAAUUUUUUUUUUUGUUAGGUGGUUCUUUGAAAAAUAACUAGUGCCGUGAAUAAAGGAUAUUGACUCGUGGGGUCUAUAAAUAAAUAAAUACAAUUGGAAAUUCGUAGGUAUUAAUAAUUACGUAAUGUUCGAGUUUAAAUAAAACUGUGUAUAAUAUACAAAAUUAUGCAUUUUAACAAAUACCU